AUGCUGAAACGGAACGGAGUCGACGACGAGCGAACGCCACGCCACAGGCGACAUGUGAGCUGCACGCUGACGACCCUGUUUCAUCGCUUCCGAACUCUGCCUCUCCCUCUCCCUCUCCCUCUCGCUGUGCUCGCCCGUGUGCGCGUCAUCGUGGUACACACGCCAACCGUCUGCCAUGCCCGCCUUGGUGCGCUUCGCCUCUGCCUCUGCAUCGCCCCAGGCACACCCGCACGUACGCUGCCGACGCACAGCGCCUGGGCGAACAAUGCCCCGGCCUGUCACUCUCCUAUGCCAGCCUUGGCCCACCUAGGACCACCCAGGACCACCCUUCGUCAUCCAUCUAUCCACGACUCCUCCGUCUCCGCCUCCGUCUCUUUGCGGUAUAACGGCCGUCGUACAGCGGCCUACUUGGCCACGCACUCCAUCUACCCGUUCCCGCUUGUGCGACCAAGCCAGCGACCGCAUCCUCCAAAAUGCGCCGCCCGCAGUUGGGCCCCUUCCUUUCCCCCAUACUCUGCAGUAGAUCUAAUUUGCCUUGAGCCUCAACCUCAAUCUGCAAACUUCCACUCUUCCCUUUGUCACCACUUAGCACCCGGCCGCGCAGCCAGCCACCCGCAUGUUUCCCUUGGACGGUUGCUAGGAACAUGCAUGAAUGUCACUGCGUUGCCCCGGCCAUGUCUGCCCCGAAACACGUCGAUUCCAGUCGUGGCCGCUCAUCGUGUCCUGCAUAAAUCGCCGUGUCGAUUCUUCCGUCAUGCGGAGAGACCCUCUGGUUGCUGUCAAAACCACAACCGCCGCUUGUUUAGUGUGUCGAUUCAGAUAAACGCCCUCUUGGAUAUGCCCUGUCCAGCCCCCCGCACAAACCGCAUUCUAUUUGCGCGACUCGCAUGCGCUUGCCCUAUGCCAUCGUCGCGUCCUCCGCCUUUUGCAAAGCGAGUCGAGACUGCCAACGGAAAUUUCCAUGCUGCGUCCGAAGUGACUCCACUACCAUCAGGUGCUGUCACGCCCCCAAGUACCAUCAACCCCAUUCACAUGUGCGCACGGUCAAAAACGCCUAUACUGUUUAAUUUACCAAAGACUCAGUCACGAAGCGACUUCAUCUACAAGGUGCUAGCCUCGGCCUACCUUAGGCUGUAUGCCCAUGUACUUACACAUACAUACUAUACACAUAGAUGGCGGAGUCAUGGGCCCCAUUCGCAUCGUCCGCUAGCAGAGUGA